UUCAGAAUGAUAAAGUAUCUGCACUUUUAAUACAUCUCCAAACACGCCUUGUUAUUUGCAACAACGAAGUAACAGGACAACUCAACAGAUAGACAGCAUCAGACUCAUCAGCAUGCCACCACUACACCUUCAAAAAAUGCCUCUCUGUGAUCCAAAUCUACUUUUUAUUACAAAAGCUAUAAAAUUUUCUGACACAAAAUACUGUACAUUUCACAAGUCAGUAAUUAUACUUUUUUUUCAAGUUUAUCUUACAAAACUAUUUACAUUUGUGACAUUAAGUAAGCAAACCCUCCCCUUACAAAAUGUGUCCCACAAUAGGAAAAAAAAUACAAUGCCAAACACACACCACUUUGGGAACAUUUGGUUGCACAUGCAGAAAAAAACACCCUCUUGUAGAAACCCUAGAGUCAAAUUUAGAGCUGUCAGAUUUAUCUGUUAGUUUUAGGUCAGCUCUUGAUUGGAAAUAAAACUAAACUCCCCUGAACAGCCCAGUUGCUUGAUAUGUUACUCAAUCAGUGUUUUCAGUGAACCAGCUCUAUAGAAAUCUAGUCUGAACAUGGAGCAAGUGUACACACUGAGAUGACCGACUAGGAACGAUUCAAAGAUAUAUAUUCUUUGUGUGUUUUUCGUUUAAGUCCUGUGCAAAUCUACAUAUUAGUUCUGCUUUUUGCACUGAAAGUUGUUAAUUGUGUUAGAGAUUAAAAAGCCUGAAAAAAAUUAAAAAAGGGAAAUGUGGCAGCAUACAGUCUGGAGUGUAUUUCACUCUUUGCAAAGGCUCAGUAUUCGCUACAGGGACUACAAAAGAUGGGGGGUCAUUUUUAAAUCACGAGGUAUCUUUGCAAUACUAAUCCCAUUGAAUUUGAAACUUGUGCCCAUUGUACCCUGGAGAAAACUUUGAUUUUUUUCUCCACAUUAGGAUAAGCCUGGAAAUACACCCUCUUUUUUACUGUCGACAAACCCCAGAGAAACCAACUCACAUUGUAACACGUGAAAGCUUUCUUUAUCUGAAGGCAUCUGAAGUCCAACAGCUUUGAAGAAAGGUGUGAUAUUCAUUAACAGCAUUAAUAUAUAAUCGAAAAGACGUACAUCUAUCCUAAAACAGCUGAGCUUUGUAAAUAACUGGCAGUUAAAGCUCCUGUGGGGGAUUUUUUUGACAUUUGUGAAAUAGGCUGAAAUCUACACUAAUGCCUAUUUAUGAUAUACAAAAAUAAACAAUAUCAUUAGCAACAUAAGUGUAGAUUUAUACAAAAUAAUUUUAAUGCCUGAAAUUGUUGCAAUGGGGGUAGGUGUCAGUCAGGCAGCUGAAGAAACAGACCCUUUUUUAUAUUUCACACAAUAAGUACACAUAGAAAUAUCAUAUAUUUGACUCCAAAGUCAGUCGGUUUCAAUUUUUCGUAAGAAGACACUACCCAAGAACUUUGAGGACAAAGUAAGCAAAGGCUGGAUCAUCUACAGGGGGCGCCAAAACUGACACAAAGUUCCUCACAGGAGCUUUAACCUUAAAAAGUAUUUCAGAGUGAUUCUGCUGGGGACUAUUUUCAGGUGUGGAUUUGCAGAUAUAUGGUGCUUGAUAAGCAUUUGAGCCUGCAUAUAACAGUGAAUGAAAACAAAAUACAAUGCAUGGUUGUAAAUGGUAUUGAAAAAGCAUAUCAUGUAGUACCAAUAGCUUAAAGACAACACUAUAGAUCUAAAGGGUAAGAGGGUGUUGCUGAGAUUUUUAAAAAAUGGACAAUUUUGCUGGCAUUUUUGACAGUAAAAGGAAUCGAGAUUAUCAGCAAGUUAUCAUUUAAAAUCAGCUGCAGUUUUUAAACAGAAUUGUACACAGAUAGGAGAAACACGGUGAUAUCAUUUCACUAAUGACUUGCAUUUUCAGCCAAAAUUUCCACCACAGUAAGACAUAGUAAUGAGGGACAGAAUAUGAAUCUAGGCCAUAUUCCUGCUUCGGUAAAAUCUCCAUAUCCACACGCCUUUCUCGAUGAUUUUGGGGCUUUUGCUCCUACUGUGAAAUAACAUCCAUUUCAAUAACUUCAUUUACAUUUAAAUAGCUCGGUAGCCACCGCUCAGCGCAGCUCUAACAAAAAAAAAAAAAAGCAGGAAAAUGAAAUGAGUCACCAUUGCUGCUGUUAUGGCGCUGCCUUUGAGACAGAUGCAGGGUUAACAUUAAAAACACAAACUGUCAAAGAGGGGCAGGUAACAUCUGUUCUACAGACCAUUUGGGAAACAUGCAAAGCAGUAAUAUUGGGACGGUGGGCUUUCUCUUUAAAUUUGACAUCUUUUUUGGGUCAAGAUGACGACAGAAUGAGCUGCUUUUGUGCAGGAUUUCAGGCAGCAGCCGAUACACAGAGUAGUCCUGUGAACGUACUUGUUUUUGCUGACGAUGAGCUCUCAUUGAAAAUCAAAGUGCCACAAAGGACACUUUUAGACGGACCUUUAUUUCAAAGACUGGGAUUAUUACAGCUGCUCGAGUCUUCCUCCAAAAGCACCAAACUCCAUUGAGGAAAAAACCCAGCAAUUUAACCUGCAAUAUAUUGACAGCUUGGCUUCAGCUGCCUCAAUCAGAAUUCUUUAUAAUGUUACAGACUGCUACACAAACACUGUCUUGGAUACGAAUUAACUAUUAAAAUCCAAAGACACACAGUAGCACAAAAAAUUAACCAAUCACAGAAGCAACACACCUGCAGCUUCUGUUUCAGUAAAAUUGCUGUAUUGGUUAAUGACGUUUGGUGGCUUCAGAGGAGAGAUUUACCAGCUGUAUCUGACUGUAAAGAUGCCUCUAUCUUUAUAUAUCUUUUUAUACUUUGAUCAGAAAAGACUAUAAUAUGAGUUUUUCAGUUGCAAAAACAAGCACAAGUUUGAUAGACCCUGCUACAUCUACAGUGUAAACGUACUCUCUAUGACCUCAAAGUGAAUCAUCUGCCAAAAUUGGGUCCAGAAAAUCCUGCAACUAUAGAAAAUUUUAAGUAUUGUAGUUACCAUCAGACAUAGAUUUUUAAACCCAGUGUUGUAUUUCACCACCAUCCAAUUCCAAAUGUAGAAAUAUAAGCUGAAUUUUGCUCCUAGCUCUUGUAUGAAAAUAUUUUUUCAGUUGGGUAUCCCCCUCUUUCUGUAUUCUACAUAUUUACAAAGUCACCUUAGAAAUAUUGAUGAGAAACAGCAGUUUAGUCCUCCCCAAAGAGUGUAUAGUAAACCAUUACACUAUUCCUUCCUUACUGGAAAUGUCUCAUUAUGAGGCAUCUCUAGAUAUCCAGCCGCUCUCUGUGAGGAAGGUGAAGAUGCGCUUCUUGAGCACCUUGUCCAGGUAGCUGGGCAGUCGGCUCUUGGCCGGGAUGCCCUGCCUUUUCUGCAGGUGAUCCUUGAUGAUAAUAGUUUUGACAGUCAGGUAGCGUGCCGGGCUGAGGUUCAGAGAGUUACACAGCACCUUCUCCCGGUCCGACAGCAGCUCAAAGCCCGUCAGAUUCUCAAUCGCAGAAAACUCGCCAUCUUUGCCCUCUUCUUUGAUCCCCCCUCCAACACCCAACCCUCCCGCCACACCUCCACCUCCCCCAGUUCCUCCAAGUCCGAUCCCGGAGCCAAGUCCGCCCCCUCCUCCGCUGCCACGUUUGGAUGUAACCACACUUUUGUUCUCUUUGCGUUUCUCUCUUUUGUGGCGCGCUGCUUCAUACUCCGUAGAUUCCUCCAGGCGGGUGAUGCCAUUGCGGCGGUAUCGCUGCAGCUCACGCACCUUCGCCCUCAGCACUCGCUCUUUAUGCAUGUUCUCAAAGAAGUCUUCAAACUCCCUAUGGGCCAUGAACUGGCAGAGUCCCCUCAGUCUCACCCUCUGCUCCUUCUCUUCCUUUGUGAUCUUCCUUUUGGGGGUACUUGGAACUGGGCCUGCUCCUGCUGCUGUCAUGGAUCCAGAUCCAACAGUUCCACCUCCAGCUCCUCCCCCUCCAACCCCACCUGUUCCAAUCACCCCCAGCGUACCUGGUUUCUCUUUCUCCUUGUCUUUCUUGUCUCGGCCCAGAAACCCAGGCACUAAGUUGUAGUCUCGGGCAAUGUUCUUGCGUCGCUGGCGUUCUCUGAGCUUACGCACAUACAUGUCCACAUGAGCCCGUUUCAUUUCUAUCUCCACAUCCUCAUCGUCGUAGUUCACAGACAGCCCACUGAUGAGCUUUUCUGCGUCCUGAUCAUACUCAAUCUCAUAGUCAUCACGUAGCGGCAUGUAGCCCAGCUGCUGCUGCUCUGCCAGGCUGAUAUCCAGCGGUGGUAGUGGUGUUGUGAGGCUGGGAGACAGAGGACCCCCACUUGGGCAUGUGUGGUCUGUCACCCUGUUGGGAAUGCUGUCAGGGAUGCAUGCCUUACCCAAGUUUCCGUGGAUGUACAUGGUGACGUAAUGCUCCAUGACUUCUUGAGGGGUUCUGGUUGCUCCCACAUGAGCAGCCAUGUCCUCCUGAAAGGCAACAGGAAAGACCAAAUAAGGCAAGAGUAGUGCUGACACAAUUUAUCAAUGGGUAACCUUUGAUAUUUUCAACUCUUUUAAGGAACAAAAAAACAGACAUCUGCACCUCUUCAUGGCUGUUUUUCUCCAAAUAUAUCCAUGCAAAUGCCUUUUUGCAGGUGUGAUUUUGUUCAUUUCAAUAACUUAUUUUCCAACGCAGUGCUAUUUUAUUUAACCCAAACAGUUCAGGGGAUUAGACAAAGUGGCUUACUAACCCAUCAAAAGUCAUCCACCAGGUGUUGACUAAAUCAUUCUUCCAUGUCAUUUGAAUCAAGGUUAUGAGUUUUUUUUAUCAAUACCACAUGCUUUAAAACAAAACAUUAGCUCUUUUCAUUCAAUAUAAAAACUGUAAAAUAUUUUUUUUUCCUGAUUUUCCAUACUGGUUAUGCUUUAAAUAACUUGUAUAAAAGCUAAAACACACUCGCCUCACACUUUUACUGGCCCAGCAGGACUUACAUAGUUUUUACCUUGACAUAUAUUGAAGUCCCAUAUCUCACUGUAUCUCAGCUUUACUUAGAAACUAAAUUUUUUUAACUUAUAUUUUAACAAUUUAGUUUUCUAUGUCCCUUUUCAAAGAAUUAUACUAACUGAGUAUCUCUAGACACCGAAGUGACCCUUGUCAUCUCAUAUUUCGGGCUCUUUUUACCAGCCCAACUGUCUAAUGAGCAAUAUUACAACUUUUAUACUGAAUAUGAAAUAAAUAACAUAUAAUGAAAGCAAAUACUAGAAUUUGUCCUCUGUAAUAGUUUAACUCAAGUUAUACCGCCUAAUUUUAGUCGCCUAACUUUAACAGUCCGAGUGUAUUGAGGUUUCUCAUAAGGGUCACAGCGACAGUUUCACUCAACAACUUUUACCGUUCAUGUUUUCUCAGCAACAGAAACUUAACUUUGGUCGGUCAUUUUGGCAUUUUUAAAUAUAUGUAGAGUAAAUAAGUUAAAAAUUGAUGUACCCAGUUUCCAAAGCCAUACUGCUCGAUGGCAUCGAGCAGCGACUGCUCUUCCCUGCUGGUCCAUCCUCCCUCCGCCUCGGGACCCCAGAGAGAGAACCGACCGCCGUCGACCUGCUGGUAGCCGUGCCAUCUGCGGUGAUUCCCGAGUUCCGCACCUGCUGAGAAGCAUUCCGGGCACAGCUCGAUGUCCGGACAGUCGGUGCAGCGAAGCCGCAGAUUUGUAACGUCUGCAAGGCAGUUAACGCAGUACUUCUUCCCCAGGUCGGCCAUGUUGCCUGGCUCCUGCUUCUUGUUGUUGGAGGCAGAACUCCGCGCCUGCGCACCAGCAGCCUCGCCGCACAUCCUGCUUGUUAAUAUUAAUGAGCGAGGGUCAGGGCGGCGCGGAUUGGCUCACAGGGUUAGUUUCCAGGACAACCGCAACAAAACAAACUUUCACUGAUUUAGGAAGAGCACAGGCAUUAUCGACGUUAUUAUUCUCGAGACUUUUAAUAUUUCACUAUAUUUGCUUUUCCUCUUCAAAGAUGGAGUUGGAUGCUGAAAACGAAACUAACGAGGUGACGAAUAAUAUAGAGAAGGCAGAUUUCUCCAAUGAGGAAAUUUCUCUAAUUUCUCCAAUUAAUAAUGGCAGUGAAACUAUCCCAGCUGAAAUAGUGGCGCCACAUCAUGAUAAAGAGAUCUUAGAAAUUGUGAAAGCUACAGAAGAGGCCCUCGGUGGUGAGGCAGCUGAACCAGAAGAAAACUGUGAAAACCUGCCUCCUGACACAAAUCAAGACCUGGAUGUAGAGACAGACACAGUCAGGGAACACCUAGGGACCCCUGAAGAGAGUGUUGUUUUUGAGACAAACAGCCCAGAAAAUGAAGGACCUGAAAGGCUGCAUUUAGACACCCCACAACAAGAGACCACCUGUCCGCAGGGGGAGGAAGACAAGGAAGAAGACGAGGAACCCACUCCUGCUGCUCCAGACUUCGGCUACGAGGAAAACACCCAACUCCUCCAGGAGCUGUGUGAGCAGAGAGAAAAAGCUGCCCAGCGCAGCGCCCAGCUCCAAGUGAAGCUGGUGGAGUACUUCCGCAGGACAAGCGGCGAUGAGACUCAGGUGGAGAUGGAGAAGGAGGACCCAGAGCAGCAGCAGAAGGAGGAGUAUGAGAGGUUCAUGAAGAUCCUGAUGAAGCUGAAGCAGCAGAUCAACACAGAGUCAGAGACGGCGCAGCUGCAAGUGGAAGAACUAAGGGUGCAGUGUCAGGAGAAGCUGGAUAAGGUUAGUGAAUUAUCCUAGAUCUGCAGGAUCUGCAUUUAAAGUAAACAGUCAUCUUCAAUGAAAACUCAUCAAGUGUCAGUUUUUAAACCAGAUUUUAAUGCUUCAGAUGUGUAACCACAUUUCUUGGAGCUUUAAAUAGUGUCCUGUUGGUCCAGGAAGGAGGAUAACAAGGAGUUUACAUAUGCUGUAUGUGGAUGUGACACCCAUACUAAGCAUGAAGACAGUACUUUUAUUCAGGAUGCACACAGACGGGAUGAUUCAUUUUUAAAUAAAGAUCUAAAGUUUUGAAAUUAAGUUGAAGCUGUCAGUUUCAGGGGAGUUCAGGUUAAAACGGUCUCCUCUUCUCUCUCAGGUGAAAGACAUAUGGCAAGCGUUUAUGGCAUUGAAGCAGGAUGUGGCUGUUUCAGUUCUCAGCCGCCGUCUGGGUAAACAAGCCGCUCAGACCAAAGUGGAGUCUAUUCUCGCAGCAGAGCAGCUUCACCAGGAUGAGCUGAUGAAGCUACGCCUGAAGCAUCUGAACCUGAAGACCAAGGUAGACAUGCUGGAGGAGCUCCGUGAUGAGGUCCAGAAGAAGGCCGCGCUCCAGAUUCAAUUUGAGCAUGUGCAGGCUGGGAGACAAGUGCAGAGACAACAAACCGAAAAACAGAACGAGGAGUCAUUAAAGUUGCAGCAAAAGAUGAACAGCAGCUUGGAGGUGGGUUUAAGGAAACACAGGGAAGAAAAAGAUUGAUUAAGUUCAGAACUGAGUUGUCUUCUGCACCCCCAGGUUCUGACAAACAUAAAGGAGAAGCUUUCCUGGAGCCAGCUGGAGGUGCAGGCAAAGAAAGAGAAGCUGGCCAAGGUGGAAGCCACGCUGGCUAGAAAGAGGGACCUCCUGACCAGAAUCAAGAAAUCUCGUGACAGUUUGCAGAGAGACAACCAAAGGCUGAAGGAGCAUCGUGGACUGCUGGGGAACAUGACUCUGCUGCGGGACUUUCAGGAAACUGUGGAUGCCACCGAUCACCUGGAAGAAAAACUUGAGAAACUUAAGAAUCGGCAUGCUGAGAUUGUUUCAGGAGGAAAAAGAAACUGCAGACAACUUCAUUAAUAAAGAGAUUUUAACACAUGCCUCCAAUGGCAGCAUUUUCAGUAUGAAAAUAACUGAUUAAAAUUCAAAUUCACAGUAAUAAAAAGAUUAAGAAUGAGCUUAAAAGACUGAGAUCAUGUGUCCGAAAAAUGUACCUAACUUCAACCUAUCUGUUCACAUGUAGGAGGCAUGUGUAUUGACAUUUACUGCAUUCGGCCACCAGGGAGAGCUCCAACUUUUUCCUUUUGGUAGCUGUAUACUCAUUGUCAUUCAGUAUAUCAAAAAUUAUAAGCUUUUAUGACCCUGGAAAUGGAUAACAUUGUUCUUCAGGACAACAAAUUUAGAAAAAGUUUUGUGUCUAGUUUCUUUGGUCUGUAGACACUGGACUUUUACACAAUAUUCUGACGUUCUGAGAUGAUGGAUUUUUGAGUUUGGUGAACUGUAGUCAUCAAUAUUUAAACAAAAAAGUCUUGAAAUGUUUCACUUUGUGUGUGAUGAAUCUUUGUGCUAUUGAUCUUCAGGACCAUCGUACUUUCACCCCUUGCUUUUGUGAUAAAUACAAAAAAUAAAGGUUACAUUUUGUGGCCUACACUUUUUAUUAUUACAGAGAGAGGACAGAGUUUAUAAUAAUCACUUUUUCAGACGUGGAAAAUGAAUUAAUAAAAAAUAAAUAAAUCACCCAGAGCCCCAUGCAA